UCGGUUUUAUUCACGAGUUGAAAGUUGUAGAGAACGGUUCAUUUUAUACAUGUCUUACACAUUUCAAUGAAUUUUCCAAAGUACAAUCAUUUUUGAGUGAACUGCGCGCAUGAAAGAAUUUUCCUACGAUUUCUUUGGUUGUUGUUGUUUCGCGGAAAAUUAUGAUCAAUUGCAUUCGAUUGAAUCGAAGGAUUUUACUCAAAAUUUAGAUUUAAUUUUGUGACCGAAUUGUGAACAAAAAGGAAACGAAAAAAAACUUUUUAUCAGUGCAAGAUCGGACAAUCUGUGCAAAUAUCAUCAACUUAUUAGGAUUUUAAACACAAGAGAAAAGAUAAAAUGGAAUACGACAACAAGACAUUUAUUGCAAGAGAAACGAUGCCACAAAUCGUACCAGCCGGACUAUAUUCACCUGACACAUAUUCAGUUUAUGCGGAAAACUUCGAUCUGUCUCUACUUCCCACCGACGGCGAAGUACCACUAAGUCCACAGUCUCAACUGUCCGAUCAACCGACUCUCCAGUCACAUGAUUACAUUCCAGCCACAAUUUUCCACGAUCCACCGAUAAAACUUGAAAAACCAAAUUGGUCCAAUCUACCAUUCACAUCCGAUCCGCCAACAUUUCAGUACAAUAAUCAAUUGGCACCGCCGAAACCGUUUAUAACUGUUUUUCCGCCGUCGCCCACCCCAUCCAUCGACUACACCCAAACGCAAUUCAAUAUCAAGCAGGAAUACAUGGACCUAUUGCCACCAUCGCCGCCAGAUUCGAAUUGUGCACCCUCACCACGCAGCGACAUCAAGAGCGAGAACGAAUUCGACACGGAAACGUGCAUUGAUAUCGAUUCGUUGUUACAGCGAUCGUUUGAAGCAUUCGAACCGAAGAAACAGGACCAUCAGCUGUUAAGGGAAUAUUUGUUGGAUACAAGUUUUCAGCGUAAACACAACUUAAAACCGUUGGAACUGGAUUCGUUGUUUGGUGGGUGGGGUAAUCGGGGCGAUAUUGAACCCGUUAUAUCGUUGGCACUGGAGCAUGCCAAGAAGGAUGUUGAGCAAACGUGCGCAACGCUUAAUAUUUCGCCGGAUCCUCAACAGUGGACCACGGCACAGGUGCAAUCAUGGCUUCAAUUGACAAUCAAGCAAUUUAAAUUGACAUCAGUUCCCGAAAUGGAUACUCUGUUCCCUGAAGACGGUGCUGCAUUGCUAGAUUUAACCGAUGAGGAAUUUGUGAAGCGAUUACCACAGGGAGGUGGUACUCUACAUGCCCAACUGGAAGUGUGGAAGGCGGCCUGUUGUGACACAACACAGAGUUUCGAAAGCCAACCAUCACCGUCCGCUGCAACCACCACUACAACAACAACAACGGCAUGUAGUCAAGCAAGUAAUCCAUGGAGUCCAGUCGAAGAAUGUCCCAGUGUUGAGGCCAGCGAUGACGAAGACGAAGAAAUGCCCAUUUCACCUCCACCAGCUGCCACCCCGUCGCCAUCCACAUCGACGACAUCUCAAAAUCCACCAGUAAAGACCGGUCGUCAAGGCGGAUCACACAUUCACCUAUGGCAAUUCCUGAAAGAAUUACUCGCCUCACCGCAACUCCACGGCACCGCCAUCCGAUGGCUGGAUCGAUCGAAAGGUGUGUUCAAAAUCGAGGAUUCGGUGCGUGUUGCACGGUUGUGGGGUCGUCGGAAAAAUCGACCGGCGAUGAAUUAUGAUAAAUUAUCGCGAUCGAUUCGACAGUACUACAAGAAGGGUAUAAUGCAGAAGACGGAACGAUCACAGCGAUUGGUGUAUCAGUUUUGUCAUCCGUAUUGUUUGUAAAGUUCGGUCUUGAGUCGACAAAAUUCAAUCAAGACAAACACAAAAAACGUUAAUUUAUUUACAAUUUUUAAUAUUUAUUUAGUUGAGCUUAAGUUUCUACUAUAAAUCAUCAUGUAUGUGCGUGUGAAUGGAACGAAUUGUGAGUUGAUGAUGCGCAUCAAUCAAAUAAUAUUUAAUUUUACAAAUUUAAGCCAAAAAAAUCUUCCUUUAAUAAACGGCUUGUCAUCUGUUAUUGAAAAUGACGACAAAAGUGAGAGAUUAGCUGUGACAGGUGUACAGGGGGGCGAUACUUUAAAAGACGUUAGACGUAACAGAUUUAAUUCGCUAUGUGGUGAUUUACUUGCCGUUUAUAAAAGGAUAAAAAAUGAAUAAAUUCAAUUAAUCAAUAAAUGUAAGAAAAUCGCUCUCUCGUGUUGCUUCACUAUGGGUCAUGUGAUUCGGGCAUGCAACACAUCAAGAUGCGAAAUAUUAACUCAAUAUUUAAACAAAAGAAAAAAAAACAUUUUCAUUAGAAAAGCAAAAAAAAAAAUAUUUUCAAAAAAUCAACUUUUAAAAAUCCACCAUUCCAUCCAAUUGACCGCACGGUCAAUUGCAAGAAAGUAUUUUAGAGAAGGUAAUUUUUCUAAAAUUUAUUUUUCUUGUGGGGGGUUUGACUACUUGAAUGCGAAAUUUGUAAUUUUUAAUUUUUUUAUUUUUAAAAAGAAUUCUGACAUUUGCAAGAAUACUCUCGAAAAACUCUAGUUGUUUAAGAUUUAUAUUUACCAACGGUAGUAAUUUGGUUGCAGACAUUUGUAGGAGUGUUAUGACUUCUGCGCUAAAAAAAUGGCUCCCAAAUAAGCUGUUGGUGAUUUUCGGUCCCAUAUAUCUAUGAUAUAUUUAAGUAAAGUUCUAUGAACGUUAUUAGCUUACUAGGAAUUGUGUAAAUUCAAUUAAUUUUGGAAGGUCAAUUUUCAUAUUAAUUUCGGUGUAUAAAUUUGUCUAAAGUCUAAAUGUUUUAGCUUUGGCAUUGUUUUAGUGAUGUAAACGAGAUGGGAGAGGUGAAUUAGUUUUUAAGGGAAAGAUUCUAAAAAUAUAUUUUAUUGGAAAAUUAGAAAAUAUUUUACAUUGAGGUGAGGGGUUAAUUUAAAUACAAAAAUUGUGAAAGUUAAAGGGGUCAUCUUAUAAAAAAUGAUUUUAUUUUUAAUAUUUAGUCCAUUAAAAUUGCAAUUUCUUCAACAAUUUUAUCUACUUAUUGUCCUUUAACACGCACUAAAAUUGAAAAGUUUUCAUCUAGGAAUAAGAGCUCAUUUCUAGGCGAAUUCUUUCUUUUGGUUGUAAAAAAAUAUUUAUUUUUAAGAUGAAAACUAAAAACGCCCAGCGCAAUAUUUCAAUUAUUUUAACAAUUUUUAAGAAUUUUUUUAAAUUUUAUUUACUCUUAGAGUUGAUAGAGGUUGUGGUUACACUUUUAUUUUAUUUAUCUUUUUUGUGAUGUAAGUGCCUUAAUAA